AUGGCCACCGAACUGCUGCAGAACAUGUUUGCGGAGACGCCGGCGCUGGAGCUGCACGCCAAAGACCACUGGAUCAGGCUGGAGCAAUUACAGAGACACUCCGAAGACAAGGACGCACUGAUCCGGAAUCUGGAGAACAUUAUCGACGAAUUGGAGGGAGAACUAGCCCAUCUUCGGGCGAAAUACAAUGGUAAGUGCGUUCUAAUCGCUUCCGGAUAUCUGUGCGGUCCAUUUGACGGAAAAUUCCCGCGGGGAAUUUGAAACGACGGGGAGAGGAAGACUUGACUCAAAGUCGCCCCUAAAUGGGUCAAGUCUUUCUCUAUCAUCUUGUUCUCGAGAAUUUUUUGGGAAAGAACUUUGUUUGUUGCAAGUUGUAUCAGUUUCGUUCAGAACCCGACCCUCCACUCAACGAACAUGGCCAAACCCGCGUGCUCAAGGGAAUUUCCUACCUCUCCGUGGAUUUUGGCCGAUUGUCCGCCGAAAAUCUCGAUCUCCGCAGUCAAUUGCGACAAGCUCACAUGGAGUUACGGAUGAUUCGCGAGAAGUCGGUGAAGACCAUGCACUACUCGACCUUACCCAUCAGCGUGGACAGUGCGAUUCAGACGGACACAGAAAGUUGGUCAGGCGCAACAACUCCCUCGAUCCCGGCCGAUCCGAUCAGCGAUGAUACGCAGUUAUUGGCGUUGAGAAAAGAACUUCAGGUUAGUUUCAUGCUUUUUGAUUUAUUUCCUUGAUUUUAGGACGAGGGAUUUGGAAAUAUUCAGCUGUUUCAGAGUUGGUGAUAUUCCACUAGGCGGAAAGUGAUGUUUUGGUGAAAUGGUUUUAUGAAUUUUCUAAAUUUUUGUUGACUUUCUCUUUAAAAAGUGUUUUCAAGGGUGUGUUACACGCGUGAGUUGAAAUUGCCGUAUUUUACCAUUCAUUUAGCGUUUUGUUUGCAUUUUGGGUGUCAAAUGGUGUAGUUAACCAAAAUUUAGUAUAACUUGACGGGUGUACCUGCAAAUGGGUUAAUAUUUUGUACACAGUUACUGCAUAGCAUAUGGCUCUUGUAUUUUAUAUCAGAUUCUACUCUAACGCUAUAGGUUUUGAGGAUUUUAGAAGACUUAUACAUCAGAUGCCAUGUGGAAGAAAAUUAAUGUUUUUUUUAGAAAUAGGCUUCUAUUAGCUGUGGUAUCGAUCUACUAGAGCAACUUGAAGAUAAUUCCCGUCUAUAAUUACAUUUAAAACCAUUAGUUUCAUCGAAAACACCUUUACAUUAUCCUUCAUUCAGCUGCUUGGAGAAGAGAACAGUUCGUUGACAGUUUUCGCCAAGGACUUCAAACGCGAGCUCAAUGAGACUUUCGAGAAUCUUAGAACAGAGUUGGCGAUGGAGAUUCCCAAGCAUUUCGUCAAGAUUCAGAAGCGUUUUCAGGAGGAAGUUGAGCUCCGAAGGGCACUUCACAACGCUCUGAUUGAAUUGAGAGGUAAAUUUUAGAUUUUUUUCUUUCGUUUUUAGGAAUUUUCAUCGAAUACUACGCCAUUUUCAGGCAAUAUCCGAGUGUUUUGUCGAGUAAAGCCGGGUCCGGUGGGUGUUGUUACACUUGAUCCACUGGAUGUUGAUGUAAUUUCAAUUAAUAUUGAUGGAAACCAGAAACGAUAUUUGUUUGACAAGAUCUUCAGUCAAGAAGCCACUCAGGCUGAUGUUUUUGACGAGGUUAGUCCAUUAGUUCAGAGCUGCUUGGAUGGAAAAAAUGUGUCGAUCUUUGCCUAUGGACAUACUGGAAGUGGAAAGACUUUCACAAUGGAGGUGGGUGAAAGGUUUUAGAGGGUGUAUAAGGGCUUGAUAUUUUAUUAUUCAUCCUAUUUUUUCAUUUUUUGGGGAAAAUUUUGAAUUUUUAAAAUUUUUUGUCUAAAAUAAUAUAAAAAGUCAAAGUAAUUGUAUUUUGGUCCGGAAUUGAUGUAACUAUGUCAUUUUCAGGGCCCAGAAUCCGAUCCAGGCAUCAGUCGUCGAGUUGGACAUGAGAUAUUCACCUUGUUGGAAGAGAAAUCAGAGUAUAUUGAGUGCUCCGUUACAGCGAGUAUAAUCGAAAUUUACAACGAAAAAAUCCGAGAUCUCCUCGAAUCGGACCAACCCACCUCACAGAAGGUCCAAAUCCGGAGUGAUGCCGAAGGCCGCGCCGAAAUUCGCGGGGUAAAACGGACCGAAAUCAGCUCCGUCAAAGACCUGCAUGAUCUCAUUCAAAUCGGGCACAAGAAUCGAAGCACCGCCGCCACAGCGUUGAAUGAAGUCUCAUCGAGAAGCCACGCGUUGGUUAUGUUGACUCUGAAUAUGACAGACAGGGACUCGGGGAAUAAAUGGACGGGCAGACUGAAUCUUGUGGAUCUGGCGGGCAGCGAACGAGUAGCCCGAUCCCAAGUGGUCGGAGCUCAAUUAAAUGAAGCAAAGUUCAUCAACAAGUCGUUGUCGGAGCUGGGAAAUGUGGUACUGGCUCUGCGGAAGAACUCUCCCCAUGUUCCGUUCAGAAAUUGCUUGCUCACGAGGAUUCUGGAGGAUUCGUUGGGUAAGGGUAUUAUUUUAGAUGGUUUUCAUCAAAUUUCUUUGAUUUUUUUAGAUUUUCUUGAGAUUAGGGGAUAGUAAUGGCUAUUUUUUAGUGGGAGACAGCAAAACCCUUCUAAUUCUUCAAGUCACAACCGACGAAAACAGCGCCAAAGAAUCCCUCAGCUCCCUAAACUUUGCCGAAAAGAUCUCCAAUAUCACUCGCCGACCGAAGUGUGCGGCCGUCCAACGACGAUCAAACUUGGUAUAA